CAGCGAGCGAACACACAAGCAGCCGGUGUCAUUCGGUGACUAAUGUGGCCAACCCGACACCCGGGACAAGGAAUGAGGUUUGAAGUGAGAGGGGGGAAAAACACAACCAGGAAGUUCGAGAAGUGAAGCGUACUGUUCUUUCGUGUAGACAUUCUCCCGGUGAAGAAUAAACGCAUAUACGAACGGUGUCAACUUUGAAGGAAAUCGAGCGGUUCUUUUUAGUGAAAGCUGCUCUUUUUGCCACAAUAUGGACUAUGACCCGGUAAGGAAUAUCCAACGCGAGCGAAGGGGUGAGAUAUCAACACCAGAGGCAUUGGAUAAAAUGGAGUCCUUAAGGAGUGAAGUCGAUGGCGUGAAAAACAUCAUGACGCAGAAUGUGGACCGAAUCCUGGCCAGGGGGGAGAGACUGGAUGAUCUCAUGGGCAAGUCGGAGGAUCUUCAGGAUGGGGCAAAGCACUUCAAGCACACGUCUCAGAAAGUGGCUCGCUCCUACUGGUGGAAAAAUGUAAAGAUCGUCGUGGUCAUCGUGGUCAUCGUCCUCAUCAUCGUGCUUAUCAUCAUCCUCCUGGCCACUGGCGUCAUCCCCGUCAGUGCCCCUGUGCCGCCCAUUAUCGAACCCACGCCCGGCCCAUAAAAACACACCGAGUUGAAGUAAUUGUACAUACCAAUAUUAUUUAAUCAUUGUGCUGUUGCACGGUUACAAAUUUGAUAGGACCUGUUAAUUGCUUGCUGUCUGUUGAAAUGUUGUUUGUUUGUUUGUUUUUCUUAGGCUGAAUCGAACAGCGACUUGCAGUUUUUAUGUGAUUGGUGUUUUUCCUGAUUUUUGGUGUUACCGACGUUGACUGUUCAGCUGCAACCCUUUCGCAUAUGUCGAAGUAUGGUGGAUGUGGUUGAUUGGGUUUCGAGCUCACAUUUUUCAGGGCCGAACGAGCUUCAGCCAUCACGUGUAUAGAAAUAUCAUUGGGGAGUCCUUUGCUUUCGUAAUGGGUGUUGGCUUAUUGAGUAUAUGGAUGCCAUUUUACUGCAGGUCACUGUAAAGAAAGGCUGGAAUGUUUUAAAUUUGUCCAAAAUGUUACAAUUUGGUGGUUUGGAAGCCAGACAAUCAACAAUCAUGUCAAUUUAAAUUGUGUCUCAAAACUAUCGAGUCCACAUAACAAUUGUUUUAUUGUUGGAACUAGCUCCUCUGGUAGGUCAAAGGCAUGAUGUGACAAUUGUGCUCUUGGAAAUAUCACGUCAUAGUCUUGGACUGUGUAACUGUUCUUACUUUUCUGCAGAGGUCUACUUAUUCAUUUUGGAAUACACAGAAUCGUAAACCUGUGCUUUGACGCUUUGGAGUGUCCUAAGCCUUUUUCCGGCCAUGUGUGUCCUCAAUCUUGUUGUACGUAUUUGCACAUCCCUCCCUCAUAGUGGCUCCCUUGCUUUGUUUCUUUGCCUUCUAACCAGUGAAAAACAGAGGUUUGCACACAGCCAUACAGACUUCCGCAUCACGACGCAUACCUGCCCCAAACCUGGUUCACUGUAUCAAUAAGCAGACUGGCAUGCUCGAGCAUUUCAGUUUUGUGGCUUCUCUUGCUCUGCUUAUGCUUCACCAGUAUCUGUUUGUCUUUCAGCUUAAUGACAGGAUGAUUUGUGAGAUGUAACACAAGUGUUCAUGUGCAAGUGUGGAAAGUGAAACCAGCCACACCACUCCACUGUUAUCUCAAAGGUCAAUUGAAUUAACUUUAAAUGUAUACAAGUAGAAAUGUUCCCAUUUGUGUGUACAUUAUAUGCGUACGGUUGUCUUUCACCUUGAUCAUAAUGACAGUCUGUGAUUUAGGGGUAUUUAUUAAAUGCAUUAUGUUGUUAGUAGGCUUUUUAAAUCAAUUGUGCAGUUGGCAUUUCUAUCAAAGAUAAUUAGGGCCAUUUAUUUUGAAGAAAAUAAAGAUUUCAUAUAUACUUUUAAAAGAAAAA